CGGAAAGGACGAACCAGUUGUGCUUCCGGCGCACGGCGCCCUUCCGCUCCUGAGCACCGGAAGUGCCCGUGCGUUCUCGCGAGCCGCCGGAGAGGGCCGCGGGGCUGCGGACAUGGCGGACGACGUCGAUCAGCAACAGACCACCAAUACCGUAGAAGAGCCCCUGGAUCUCAUCAGGCUCAGCCUGGAUGAGCGAAUUUAUGUGAAGAUGAGAAAUGACCGAGAGCUUCGAGGUAGAUUACAUGCUUAUGACCAACACUUGAAUAUGAUACUGGGAGAUGUAGAAGAAACUGUGACUACUAUAGAAAUUGAUGAAGAGACAUAUGAAGAGAUAUAUAAAGUAAUCAACAAAACGGAAUAUUCCAAUGCUCUUUGUCCGGGGAGAUGGGGUCGUACUAGUUGCGCCCCCAUUGAGAGUCGGCUGAAAACAAAUAUCUAUCCUGUGUAGAGAGUAGGAGACUAUAAUUGCCCCUUCAUGUGGACAAGACAUUCAGAGAGAGAAGCCUGCGAACAAGUUGAUCGUAAGCAAAGACCCGAGGGCUCCCCCACCGGAAAUGAGUUCAUGGCAGCUUACAACUUCUUGAGCUAAAUGGCAUUUUUGUUUUUCUUCAAUCUUUCAAUAAAUGUUGUCACCAAGGUGCUCUUUUUCAGGAGUUGGUUUGCGCUAUUGUUCUUGCAGGCAGCUUCUGAUUGUUUUUUCUUUAAAAUUAAACUUGGUUUCCUUUUUUAUUUUGUAA